AUGCAUUCGAGGCGUUCGAAGGACAAACUUUGCUGCGGUGUCUCCGUACACCAAGGUCAUAUUUGUGCAGUCGAAAUAACAUUACUUCAAGCUGGUUCAUUUAUUAGUGCUGCUGGAGUGCUUGCCGGUCAUCCUCUGGAUACCGUAAAAGUGCGGCUGCAGAUGCAAAAUCCUGGUUCAAAACUGUAUCGUGGCACAUGGCAUUGCUUCAAGACAAUCAUCCGAAAGGAGGGUUUCUCUGGACUGUACAAAGGUCUUUCUUCACCGCUAGCAUCGUUGACAGCAAUCAAUGCAGUCGUAUUCGGUGUCCAUGGAUCUGUUUGCCGAGAGUUCUCACAUCCUGACUCCCUUAGGGCACAUUUUUUCGCUGGAUGUGCUGCGGGGAUGAUGCAAAGCAUAAUUGCCACACCGUCAGAGCGGGUGAAGUUACUGAUUCAAAUCCAGACCGACAACGCUCAUUCGCGGUAUCAGUCACCACUGCAUGCUGCGCGAUCUUUGGUCGCUGCGCGAGGAUUCAACACAUUGUCGAGGGGUUUUUUGGCCACUCUGGUUCGUGACUGUCCUGCCUUUGGGAUCUACUUUGCAUCUUACGAAUGGAUGUCUCGAAAAAUGAGCAAAGAUGGCAAAAUGGAGUCACUUACUGGCCCUCAACUUCUUCUUGCCGGAGGCGCCGCUGGCAUGUUGUCAUGGUUGUUCAACUAUCCGUCCGAUGUCGUCAAGACGCGCUUCCAAGCGAACGACAACUAUAGGAACUAUUGGCAUUGUAUACGCAGCACUUAUAGGGAAGGUGGCAUGCGCGCAUUCUACACAGGACUUGGAUCCACUUUAUUACGUGCAUUCCCUUCAAAUGCUGCCACAUUUUUCGCCGUCGAAUGGACGUAUCGGCUACUUCUCGACUUCAAAAUUCUCAGCGUUGGCACGCCGGCUGAGAUACGACUUCAGCAACACAAACGUCACAUUUGCAUCUCUGACUUCUGGAAUAUGAACUGUUUGUACUUUCUGCCGGAGGCUGGCUCCACAUCUAUUGAUCCAAUGAUUCACGGAUGCCGUUUUCUGUAA